AUGGAGGAGCGGCUUGCCUCCCACAAGAGAGCUCCGAGGAAGCCGAAGCCGCCGCCGAGGCGGACCAAGCCGACCGUCCCCGCCGCACCUACCAGCAGCCCGUCGUUGACCGGCCCGCCACGCCCGCCAGGCAUUCCACCGCCACCUGGGCCUCCUCCGCGGCUGCCUGGAGGUCCUGUCCCGCCGCCGCCGUCUAUGAAAAUGCCCGGCAAGGGCCGUCCGCCUGUGGCUGUGGGCGGCGGUGGCGAAAGAAUGCGCCGCGCGCCCGAGAUCGUGGAGUUCUACCAGUCCCUGACCAGGCGCGGCGAGGCCAGGCAGGCUGGCUCCCGAGGCCCCAAGGCGUCCGGCGGGUCAACGGCUCCCAAGAGCGACUUGAUCGGGGAGAUCACCAAGAACUCCCCCCAUCUCCUUGUUCAAGCCGAUGUGGAGACCCAAGGGGACUUCGUGCGCACCUUGGUCGCCGAGGUCCGGGAGGCGACCUUCGCGAGCAUCGAGGACGUCGUGGCGUUUGUGACAUGGCUCGACGAAGAGCUCUCCUUCUUGGUGGAUGAACAAGCAGUCUUGAAGCACUUCGACUGGCCGGAGAAAAGAGCAGACACAUUGCGAGACGCCGCUGCCAGGUACCAGGGCCUUCUGCAACUAGAGAAGCAGAUCUCGUCCUUCGUCGAUGACCGCGCGCUCCACCGCGACGCAGCGCUCGGCAAGAUGUACUCCCUCUUCGAGAAAACAGAGAAGAGCGUCCACAAGUUCCUGCAAGAUAGGGAUGCCGCCGACACGAAGAACAAUCUCAUCUCACGGUACAAGGAGCAAGACAUUCCAGUUGGCUGGAUGUCAGACGCAGGUUUAAUUGUGAAGGUCAAGUUGGCGUGCGUCAACCUCGCAAAGCAGUACAUGACGCGGGUGGUCUCGGAGAUUGAUGGUUUAAGAGGCAUCAACAAAGAUCACACCAGGGAAACAGCACUCUUCAAACGUCUGAAAGAGCAGAACAGUGAAGUGCUGCUCCAUCAGGGUGUCAGGUUCGCGUUCCGGGUUCAUCAGCAAUUCUAUCUUCCCAUCCAUCUUGCGGCUCGUGCCAUGGCAGAUCGGCCGGGAAGCUCGUUGCCGGUCGUUCCUCGUCCGGCCCGGCUCCGGAGCGGCCAAGCGUCCUACUCGUCCCGCCGGCGCGUCCAUCCAUCCAACGCCCAGCUCCUCGUCUACCUAGCCCUCGCCGUCACCUUGGCCGCCCUCCUGGUCCUCACCGGCGUCACGCUCACCGUCGCGUCAGUCGUGCUCGUCGUCCUCGUCGUCCUCGCCCCGCUCUUGCUCCUCACCAGCCCUCUCUGGGCGCCGGUGGCAGUGGUGGCCAUCGUCUCGGGGGGCGCCUUGCUGUUUGGCUGUAGCCUCACGGUGUUCGCGCUGAGAGCGAGCACGUGGGCGCACCGGCGCCUGACGGGGCGGCACCCGGUGGGCGCGCGUCGGGUGGGCUACGCCCGUGGGCGUGGCCGGUUCGCCGGCGCGGGUGGCCACGCGACGGGCUACCACGGGCAGGGACAAGGGUACGAUCGGAUGAAGGACGCCGUGCCCGGGGCCUAG